UUCGACAGCCUGUCCGGCGAUGGGGCUAAAUUGCUACUGUUAUAUUAGCUCCAAGUAGCCUAGCCUAUUGAUGCAACGGCUAGUUGAAUGUAGACGGCAAUACUAAGAACAGUCGUUUAUUGUUUACUCAAGAUGGGGUUUGACCUGCGCUCAGUUAACACUGCAAGUUCGCUGCAUGUCAUCAAUUAAUUUCGUUUGGUGAACAUGGAUGCCUAUGCAGUGGUCAUGCUCACUGAAGAGGAUGUUAUGGCAGUUGUCCCAAAGUCCUGGUGUACUGAUCAGGGUUGUUACUGGCCACCCUACGCGUCGAAUGCUAGAAUUCAGAGAGCAGUACAGUCCCACGAGAUGCCGUCAAGUACGUGGUAUUUACACAAAGCACGAGUUCUUGCUGUUAAAAGUUCCUAUGAAAAAGCAACUGCAUGGUUACGCCACACUGAAGACGCACCAAAUCCUGCUACUGAAGAUGGGAUAAAGUACAACUUAAAGAGGACGAAGAGGUCAGUCUCCGAGUGUCUCCCUAAUGCUUCCAAUGGGCCAAUGGCUGCCACUGAUUUCCAGGCGGUGGUGCUGCAGCGGCUGGCGGAGCUGGACGCGGCGGUGGCGGAGCUCCGGGCGCAGGUGGAGUACAACACCCUGCUGCUGCAGAACCUGCAGGGCGGGCAGAACCCCGGGGGCGGCGGCCGCGGGGGCGGCGGCGGGGUCGGGGGGGAGGAGUACGCGCUGCCCGCCGACCUGCCGCUCCCCCUGCAGAGCAAGCAGCAGCUGGGCCAGCUGGAGAAGCGCCUGGCUGAGGACCCGGGCCUGCAGGAGUACCUGGUGUGUUCCCUGGCCAGCAAGGGGGGCCGAAGUGUCCGAAACGCCGUGCGCGCCAUGGUCCCGUGCCUCGUCUCCAACACGGUGGCGCGAGGCCUCAACUGGACCGGCGCCGGCGAGAAGCUGGCCUUUCGGGACCUGAUCCUCCGGAAAGUACUCAACCGAGGCGUCCGGAGAAACCUGGCCACCAAGGACGCCACCGACGAAGAAAUACAGCGGGAAGUUUCGGUGUUCCUGCGGGGGGCCAGCGACAGGGAGGGGGGCAGGAGGGAACGGAUGCUCCGGUCGGUCGCCAGGGAGAUGGUUUCAUCGCUGCACCAAUAGCAGCCCCUCACCCACGAGGCUCAUAACAUUGUACUGUUCACAGAGGCCGAAUAGGGACACUGGGAUGCGGGAGGAGCUCAGGACAGUUCACAAGCUGCUACGGCGUCGCACAGGAAGCAGUGCUCUGGUAUUCUGGAAGUAGCAUUCUGGAACUCAAAAGGGAUUUCUUUUCCCAACCUUGACACAGGUGAGCUAAUUUUGCUCAAAAAAUGAGGAGCCAUAUUUUUGGAAUAAUUGAUGUCUGCGUUGGUGGUCAAGAAGAUAUUUUCAGGAAAAUGCAGGAAAAAAGUCAAUUUUUGGAAAAAUUAUUGACAAUAAGGUCCUGAAAAUUGAAACCUACUCCCAUGUUACACGGUGCUUUAUUUACGAUAUUUGUUAAGUAAAGUUGACAUUUUUGGGGGAAAUUUCCUUGCUUGGUUGAAAACUUCAUGCCGUCACAUUUUCUUAAACAACUGACAAAUGAACUUGAUAGCUGGCUUGCUAGCUUGUUUUAAACCAAGCUCCUAAGGCCAGUGUCCCUUUUAUUGACCACCUGCUACUUGAUAAUUGUGAAUAUUUAUAUGUCAAUGUUUCAAUGUUUUUUUGGUUGCAAUGCAUGUCCAUUAAGUACUCUGACAGAAUACAGUACAGCUUGGAUACUGAUCUUCAUUGGCUUCCAUUAUAUUGUGUCCUGUUGCAUACCACCAUGAUCUUUGAUUCUUAGGCUGGGAUUCACCCGUAAACAUCCGUCCUUAACUUUGACGAGAAAAAAAAAGCAAGAAUUAUUUUUUGUUCACAAGUGGUUUGGCAAGUGUAGCAAUGCGCAGAGCUAAUUGGCAAACUGAGUUUGUGUAGAAAAUGUGUACCCCUUGCAUUUACAUGCAAGUCAGGACAUGUUGAUUGAAUGCAGUCCUAAAACUUUCAGGGAUGUGUUUUUUUGAUAAUCACAUGGCCACUUCUUACAAAUCGUGAUUCCGUGUUGAUGAAGAAAGUUUGGAGCAAGUGAUUCAAGACUCACCCAAACUCAUGCACUGUUUUCAACUGUCUUUCAUUUGUAGCAAUCCCAUCUACAUGCUUUUUGAACCUUUGAGCAUGAUGAUCUUGAUCAUUCCAGUAUGAUGAUCUUGAAUUUUGUGCAGUGUUUCCCACAGGAAAAUUUUAUUUAUUUAUUUUUUUUUUUACUUUUGAUGAAAAUGAGAUCUGUACGGCACUUAGCGUAAAGUUGUACCGACAACGGAGAGAAUGAACAGAAUGCAAAAGGAAUCCAAAUGAAAACAAUUUCUACACUAAUGGUCUCAGUUACAGGCAAACUUUUAUGGCAUCAGAAUUAUUUGGAGGAUAAUAUAAUCACACACAAAUUCUAAACAUAAAUUAUAAGGGCUUUAAAGUCAUCGGUGCCCUCAUUUCUAAACACAAUUAUUCUCAUUAUUCUCUAUUUAAAUUAACGUAAGUAGGCCUAACCGUUUACCGUGACUGUUACUAUUAGUGUAUUAUGGCAACCUCUCUGUGGUUCAGUUUUCGUCCUCCUCCUCUAGCCUUUUUUAAAAAGUAUAUUUUUUUUACACUCAUAUGUGAAAAGUUAACGUAUUUUUUUUUAGCAAUCCUAACGUUAGCUGGGUAAACGCUAAUGCUUGGUAAAUGCUAACUUAAUCCAAAUAAUGUUGAUAACUUUGCAGUCUUGGUUAGGACAGAGGACAUGUUUUUUUGGAAGAAAGAUGCAUAACAACAGGUACAUUUUUACAUUACAGCAUCCAAAUCCAGAAGUGUUGCACAAAAGUGUAUUUCAUGGUCAUGGACAACCACCAGUUUUGAAAAACUAUUUCGUUUCCUGGCACAGAUACGGUCGCAUGACCGUCCUAAUUAUGUUCGCGUUUAGGCACGGUCCUCUCUGCUCUGCUCUGCAUACGGCAGCUUCGAGGGGGAGGGGGGAGGGCCAGCUCACUCGGCAAAACGAGUCUGCUGUAUGUCACUUUGACAUUCAAAAGAAAAAUAAUUAAGACAAAAGUAUAGUGUCUAGCUUAUAGGAAUAAGUAUUUACCUUCAACAUUUUUCAUUAUUUGUAUACAAAUUAAAGUAUAAUAAAGCAUGGAAUCCAGGAAUGUUGGAAAAUGUAUCACACUAUUACAGAAAUUUGAUAUUUUAUGUCAUUAUUAAAUUAUGAUUUAUA